UUGAAAACCCCUACUAUCAACUGCUCUGCCUCUGCGACGUCGUUUAACUGGUUUGCAUCUAAACCCAGCAAAAUGCCUCCUUUCUUCUUAAAGUUGUAAGCUUUGGCUUUCAAUUUGAGGAUCCCAAAUCGUACUUUCCCAGUAAAUGGCGCUAAAUUUGCCCACUUCCUGCCCAAUUUUCGCGCCACUAUUGAACCUGAACCCGAACCACAACCCCACCCCGAACCGCCCGCCCACAGAGGUCCGGUUCGCGCGGUGGAACAACGCCAACGCCGAGAAAUUUAACCAGCGGCGGAGGGCCCAGCAAGAAAUCGAGGACGAUAUCCGUCGCCAGCGCCGCUUCGACUCCGCCACCAGAAUUGCCACUAUUUAUGACUCUGCCACUGACACCACCACCACGAGUGAAACAUUCAAAUCCAUAGGCACACCUUCGUUUCCCUCGAGCCCUUCCAUCCCGGGCAAAAAGUCCAAAUACUCUAAAAACCCUAACCCUAACGAAUCGCACCCCGCAUUUCGCCGAAUUAUUAGACCCACAAAGCUCUCGAAAAUCCCAAAAGAUAAAGGUCCAACAGUUGACAGAAAAGCCAACAUUUCUGUCGGCGAUGAUGGCCUUUCGUACGUCAUCGACGGAGCCCCAUUUGAAUUCAAGUACAGCUACACUGAGACUCCUAGGGUGAAGCCCCUUAAGCUCCGAGAACCGGCGUAUGCGCCAUUCGGGCCCACGACGAUGGCCCGGCCGUGGACGGGUCGGGCCCCAUUGCCGCCGAGCAAGAAAAAAUUGAAGGAAUUCGACUCGUUCCAGCUGCCACCACCGCAUAAGAAGGGGGUUAAGCCGGUGCAGUCCCCUGGUCCGUACUUACCCGGGUCGGGUCCAAAGUAUGUGAAGUCUAGGGAUGAGAUAUUGGGUGACCCACUGACGCCUGAGGAGGUUAAAGAGUUGGUUAAAGGGUGUAUCAAAACCAGGAGGCAGUUGAAUAUGGGUAGAGAUGGUUUCACCCACAACAUGUUGGAUAACAUACAUGCUCACUGGAAGCGCCGGAGAGUGUGCAAGAUAAAAUGCAAAGGAGUGUGUACAGUCGACAUGGACAACGUGUGUGAGCAAAUAGAGGAAAAAACUGGAGGGAAAAUCAUUUACAGAAAAGGUGGGGUGAUAUACCUUUUCCGAGGCAGAAACUACAACUACAAAACUCGUCCGCAGUUUCCUCUCAUGCUUUGGAGACCUAUCACUCCUGUAUAUCCUAGACUGGUUCAACGGGCUCCUGAGGGUCUAACACUAGAAGAAGCAACUGAAAUGCGCAAGAAGGGACGGAAUCUGAUACCAAUAUGCAAGCUAGGAAAAAAUGGAGUAUACUCUGAGUUGGCAAAAAAUGUCAGAGAGGCCUUUGAAGAGUGUGAAUUAGUGCGAAUAAAUUGUACAGGGAUGAAUGGGAGUGACUACCGGAAAAUAGGUGCUAAAUUAAAGGAUCUUGUCCCUUGUGUGCUAAUUUCAUUUGAACUUGAGCACAUUCUUAUGUGGAGAGGUCGGGAAUGGAAGUCUUCUCUUCCAAAUCCAGAGAAUGAUCUCAAGGAAGUCAAAGGAUCUGACGUUGAUGAUUCAACUUCUAUUGCACCUCCCUUGGAAGGCCAGGAAGAAUCAACAUCAUGCGCUUCUACAGUUUCAGUCAAGGAUGCAAGUCUUGAAAUACUCAAUACAAGCACACCCUCUAUUGGUUCUGAAGUUGUGGGUGCAGAGGGAAGUGGGGAUCUAUCUCCUUCACAAUAUGUUGAGCCAUGUGCCACAGUUGAUAGGGUUUCAGCUGUUGGAGGGACCCAUGUAACUGAAACCAUUUCAGAUGUUGAAGAUGAUGAAUCAAAAGCUAUAUUGGAUCCAUCUGGAAUUGAGCGCAUAUUGGAUAAUACAGGCUGCGCUGAAGCAUCAGCAACUAUAGUCAUGGGGGGUCCGAGAAGUAAUGAGAACCCACAAUGUGCUUCAGUGGGCUCAGAAAAUCUCAGUGAGCCAGCAAGGUCGAGUGGACCUUGUAUGGAGAACGUGCUGUUACUUUUGAACGAAGCUGUUGGGAGUGGGAGUGCACUUAUUUUAGAUGAUUCUGCCUUGGAUGCCGACAUUAUUUUUCGAAGGGCAGUUGCCUUGGCGCAGUCUGCCCCCCCUGGCCCUGUGUUCAAGCAUCAUCGACCUAAGAAAGUAGCAGUUCAGAAGAGAAUAAAGAUUAUGAAGCAAGAAGCCAGUGUUUCAGAAGUGAAAGAGAUAACAGUUCCUGUGAAGAGAGGAAGUGAGAAGAUUCAGAAGAAGGAUACUAAAGUUAAAAGAAUAAGGGAUUUUGGGGAAAGUCUAGAUAAUGUUGUACCACAGGGAAGUUUGAGAGUUGAUGAACUUGCUAAGCUAUUAGCAUGAACUUUCUGAGAUGUGAUUAUGAAUGCCAUGCACAGUUUUU